AUGCAGUCUGCGGUCGAGGAGCAGGACUUUGCCGCUGCCGCCACGCUUCGCGACCAACUCUCCGACCUGCGCCAAAAGGAUCCCGCCUUUCUCGCCAGCAACCUGCGCGAGCGGCUCGAGGUGCUGGUGCGGCGCGAGUCCUACGGGGAGGCCGCGACGACGCGCGACCAGCUGCUUGUGCUUCGGCGGUUCCAACCGCAGUACCAGCUCGCCGGCUUGUGGAAGGGGGUGUAUCCCAACCACGGCGAGGCGACCGUCAAGAUCCACUACGAGGGCGACACCCUCGUCGCAGUCAAGAUGACGGGCGACGAGCACGUGCCCGCGGGCGAGACAACCUUCCGCGCCGAUCUGACGACGCCGUGGCAGGAGGGCGCCUCCGUCGAGGAGAUCGACGAGGAGGAGCUGGUCGGCGUGCGUGUGGAGGUUGUCUCUGUCGGCUCGGACGGCUCGGAGCAGCGCGAGGUCGAGCGAUACCAUGGCGAGGGCCGCGUCGCUGCGCGCGGCUUCCAGCACGCGCACUACGUGCCCGGCCAGCUUAUCCUGGUCGAGCCAGACACGAUCGGCUUCCUCUGGCAGCAGAUGGGCAUCUUCGUGGUCUUCAACCGCGAGCAGGACGGGCCCGGAGAGAUGAUGAUCGAGCAGCGGGCCGUUGACGCCUAG